AUGACUUCUGAAUCGGGCGAGUAUGACAUGGUUUGUCAGAGAGCGGUGACGCUGAUCGUGGACCUGUGCCUUCACAACAGCUCUCUGCUUGAGUCUGACGCCUGCCAGGACUUUAUCUUCCUGCUCAGCGGACACGGCCGUCAGCACAGGCAAAGCGUGGCGGCUGGGGCUCGGGACAUGCCACAGUGUGUUAUGCGUGGGCAGCGGUGGAUGGGCAGUGCCACAUAA